UCCACAUUGCUCAUUUGUAUGAGAUUCAGAAGAGAUACCGGGCUGCCAAGGAGGCCUAUGAGAGCCUCCUGCAAACGGAGGAUCUUCCUGCACAGGUGAAGGCCACUACCCUGCAGCAGCUUGGCUGGAUGCAUCACACAGUUGAACAGCUCGGGGACAGAGCCAGCAGGGACAGCUAUGCCAUCCAGUGUCUGCAGAAAUCUUUGGAGGCCGACCCCAACUCUGGACAGUCCUGGUACUUCCUUGGCAGGUGCUACUCUAGUAUUGGGAAGGUCCAGGACGCCUUCAUCUCCUAUCGGCAAUCCAUAGACAAAACAGAGGCCAGUGCAGAUACCUGGUGCUCUAUAGGGGUGUUGUACCAGCAGCAGAACCAGCCCAUGGACGCCCUCCAGGCCUACAUCUGCGCCGUGCAACUGGACCACAGCCACGCCGCCGCCUGGAUGGACCUGGGCACGCUGUACGAGUCCUGCAACCAGCCGCACGACGCCAUCAAGUGCUACAUCAACGCCACACGCAGCAAGGGCUGCACCAACACCACCGCGCUCACCCAUCGCAUCAAAUGCCUGCAGGCUCAGUUGAGUAACCCCCAGCUCAGUAGCCUACAGGGUAAAAGUAAAAUGCUCCCUCUUAUUGAGGAGGCAUGGAGUCUGCCAAUCCCAGCCGAGCUAACCUCCAGGCAGGGAGGCCUGAGCAGUGCACCACAGCAGGCUUGUAAGCCCAAUCACAGUGCAGAGGGAGGGGGCUCGGGUCAGUCUCUGCCCCCUCACUUGGGCUCGCUGGGCCAAGCAGAGGACCAGUCCUGCCCAGCCAAGAGGAAGAGAGCCUCCAGCCCAACUAAGGGUGAAUUAUGGGCCAGUAAUCCAGCACAGCCAGUUCCCAGCUGGUACCUCUCCCCACAGAAAUUACAGGUGCUGGAACAGUUGCGGAGUAACCGCGCCAGCUUGAAGCCACCGCAGCUUCAAAUGUUGGAGCAGCUGGAGGCUCAGUUCGCCAUGAUGCAGCAGCACCAGCACCAGCAGAUGAGACAGAAUGCCUCAGGAGGUCAGGUGCGUCCCUCUCUCCCCAACGGCCCCACCUCCAACUCCCUCCCCUCCAACUCCCUCCCCUCCCCAAACCCCAGCCUCCACCCCGCCAGGCCCCACCUGGGACUCCACCGGCCCCUGUGCCCGCCGCAGCUGCUGGCCAACGGGCCCAUGGGCCCCGGGACGCAAGGACCCUCGGACUCCCUCCCCGUGGGCGACAACAGUAAGAGUAGUAACAGUAGUAGUAAUAAUCAGCCAGGGCCGACGGACACAGGGCCCAACGGAGACGUGCCUUACCUGCAACCUGCCGGCAGCGGCGACCCAACACUGCUACCUCACACCUGCACAAGCACGCAAACACAGGACGUUGCGCCGCACCAGGCCCUGCACCUAAACACCUCUCAGGGGCUUCAGAGAGGGUCUAUUCCACAUGCGAUGGGCUCCAACAGUGACGGGGCCCCCUCUCACUCGCAGACCCCCAACUCCACUGCCCCUGUGCACCCCAACAAUCAGGUUGGACAUUCCACUAACGCCCCAUCGCCACAGCAGCAGCCUCACAACCACCUCCCAUCCCCUCCCUCCCUCCCGCACUCCUCUACCUCAGGUGGAGCAGCACCCGGUGCGUCCGCUACCAAAGAUAGCAACACCACAGCCGCCCUUGCCACAGCGGCCGCAUCCCUUGGCAACGGGGGCACGGAGGGCAAGACGCCAUCACCGCUGCCGUCGGCUGAUGGCAAAAAGGCACAGGCAGAUGGCCUCGGCAAUCAUGUCCACUCGGGGGAUGGCGGCAAGAUGGCAGAAGGUGGCGAGAAGCCGAGCCUUAGCGCAGACAAUCUUAGACUUUCUGCCCUGCUGGCGGGGGGGAAGGGGCCUGAUGUGGGCGAGGGACCGUCAGAAGGGACUGUAUCCACAGCAUCCGCCACGCCCGAGACCCACAAGAAAGUCAACAACAUCCACCCGGCCGUCCUGCCCUCAACCCCCCACGCGCAGGGCAGCUCGGCCGCCUCCUCGCCCAUCUCCGCCAUGUCCACGGCCACGCCCUCACCCAAAUCCUCAGAACACACCCAAACUGGGGUCCACAGUCCUGCCACCGCAUCCGCCACUGUCACCACCGCUACAUCUUCUGCACCGGCCGUGAAUGGUAACGGCAAAGGGGGCAUCUCUGAGGACUCCCAGAGCCCGCAGAAGGCCGAGCCGCCUGCCAUCACGGGUCUUAAAGCUACGCCCCCACAUGGACACAGCUCGUCAUCGUCAUCUUCAGUCUCCAUCUACCCCAGCUCCACAGACGUGCUUAAGGCCUGCAGGAACCUGGGGAAGAACGGUCUCUCCAACAGCAGCAUCCUCCUUGAUAAGUGCCCCCCGCCCCGGCUACCCCCGCCACCCUCGCCAGUCCUGCCCAAAGACAAGCUCAACCCCCCCACACCCAGCAUCUAUCUGGAGAACAAGAGGGAUGCUUUCUUCCCCCCUCUGCACCAGUUCUGCACAAACCCCUCCAACCCCGUCACUGUCAUCAGAGGACUAGCUGGAGCUCUCAAACUGGACCUAGGUCUGUUCUCCACAAAGACGCUGGUGGAGGCCAACCCCGAGCACCUGGUGGAGGUCUGGACUCAGCUCUCACAGCCUGCCGACGAGAACUGGGACCCGGCCGGCACCAAGAAAAUGUGGCGCUGCGAAAGCGCCCGCGCCCACACCACUAUCGCCAAAUACGCCCAGUAUCAGGCUGCUUCCUUCCAGGAAUCCCUGCGGGAGGAGAAUGAGAAAAAGGCAUUGAAAGAGCCCUCGGACGCAGAGCCAGCAUCAGCAGAGAGUGUUGCUCGCAAGAGAAGAGGACCCUUAAAGCACAUCAAGUUUGGAACCAACAUCGAUGUGUCGGACGAAAGGAAGUGGAAACAGCAGCUCCAGGAGCUCAGCAAACUCCCGGCCUUCGCUCGAGUCGUAUCAGCCGGUAACCUGCUGAGCCACGUGGGUCACACCAUCCUGGGUAUGAACACGGUUCAGCUCUACAUGAAGGUCCCCGGGAGCAGGAUAGCAGGUCACCAGGAGCACAACAACUUCUGUGCCGUCAACAUCAACAUCGGACCAGGAGACUGUGAGUGGUUCGCUGUGCCCGAGCCUUACUGGGGAGUGAUGAGCAACUUCUGUGAAAAGAACAACAUCAACUUCCUGAUGGGCUCGUGGUGGCCCAACCUGGAGGACCUGUACGAGGCCGACGUGCCUGUUUACCGGUUCAUCCAGCGGCCGGGCGACCUGGUGUGGCUCAACACUGGCACCGUGCACUGGGUGCAGGCCAUUGGCUGGUGCAACAACAUUGCAUGGAAUGUGGGACCUCUCACGGCUCACCAGUACAAGCUGGCGGUGGAGCGUUACGAGUGGAACAAGCUCCAGAGCGUCAAGUCGAUGGUUCCCAUGGUGCACCUCUCCUGGAAUAUGGCUCGCAACAUCAAAGUGUCUGACCACAAGCUGUUUGAGAUGAUCAAGUACUGCUUGCUGCGGACAUUGAAGCAGUGCCAGAGUGUGAAGGAAGCCUUGGUGUCAGCGGGCAAGGAGACCGUACUGAAGCCGAGGACCAGGGACGAACCGGCUCACUACUGCACCAUCUGCGAGGUGGAGGUGUUCGACCUGCUGUUUGUGCGCCGCGAGCUCCUCUCCAAGAAGCAGCAUGUGGUCCACUGCCAGGACUGCGCCAGGAAGGGCAGCGCAACACUGGACGACUUUGUGGUGCUGGAGCAGCACAGGAUGGAGGACCUGAUGCAGGUCUACGACCAGUUCACAUUAGUAAGUCGCUCGGCAGAGUGAAGGAGAGCUGGACUUCUCUCAGAGUACUGGACCCAGUACGGAUUUAUCUGACACAAACUUUUUUCAGUGCCGAUGGUUGAAAGGUUCUCAUUUCAGUCCCAUUCCUUUAAAUUUAGAGGUAGAAAUUUA